UCCCUUCGUGCGUUCGCAGUGUUUUCAGAGCUUACGUCCAAAUUGAACUUGUGCAGUCUCUGUAUUUGCGUGCAAGGGCCCAGUAAUAUACCCACAGUAAGUGAAGUGUUUUUUUUUUUCGAAAAAACGGGAACAAAGGAACGCCGUCGUAUUGGAGCUCCAUGAUGGGAGUAAGGAACAGUGUGGGACAGCCUGCGCGGAGAACCUGGAAAUCUGCGCCACUCUUAACGUUAAUUUGUUUGGGGCACAUCGCUAAGAUAUCUUCCGUCAUUGUGUCGACGACUAACGGACUCGUCCAGGGGCACACGUACACAUUCUUGGACAAGCAAAUACAAGUUUUCCUUGGAGUUCCAUAUGCUAAAGUACCGAUCGGUGAGCUACGUUUCCAAAAGCCACAGCUUCCAGACUCGUGGGAUGGCAUCUACGAUGCAACUUCCGUGAAAGAAUCCUGUAUGCAGGCACGAAUUCCGUGGGUCUUCCGUAUACCAACGCCGCUUUCCGAAGACUGCUUGUACCUGAACGUCUGGACUCCAAACGCGUCACAAGGAGCGCAUCUUCCAGUGUUGGUGUGGUUUUACGGCGGAAUAUUCAAGAUAGGUUCGGCCUACGAAACCAGGUACAAUGCUACCGCCUUAUCCGCUCUCAAUGAUGUUGUCGUAGUGACGUGUAACUUUCGAAUGUCUAUAUUUGGUUAUUUGGAUGCAAAGUCAGAACAAAUUCCGGGCAACGUGGGUCUGUGGGACCAAUUGUACGUGCUGCAGUGGGUGCAUGAUAACGUAUUAGCCUUUGGUGGAGACCCGAAUUUGGUAACCGCAUUUGGCGAAAGCUCUGGUGCUAUGGCCAUUCAUUACAUAUUGUUGUCGCCGUACAGCUCCGGCCUGUUCCGUCGCAUUUUUCUCAUGAGCGGAACGCAGAACACUGACAGUGACUUAGAUUCAGUGUGCGAAAGUACCAUUAAAGGUAAUGCCGCUGCCAAAGCGUUGGGCUGCGCAGGCCCCUUCAAGGAUCUGGAAAAUCACCCGGCGGCCGUGCUUGACUGUCUUCGAGGGAGAUCGGCUGUGGAAGUCAGUGAAGCUGCCGAGAACGUGACAGCGCCGAAAGUCCUGGCUUUUCUGCCUACUUUCGGGACAGAAUUUUUACCACAGUUACCGUCCGUUGCCAUAGACCAAGGGCGGUUUCGCCCUGUUGAUGCGAUGAUCAGCGUUACUGCAAACGAGGGAGCAUUUGCAUUUGUCAUGCAACCAGACACUGACCUUCUGUGGGACGAUCUUAGUGGCCGGAACAGAGACGACUUGGAGAACACCUUACAUGAAAUCCUAUCACCGUGGCUCAAGGAUAAAAUCCUUCCGUUGGCCGAAGUCUACUUAAAUGCAGUUUCUCCCGAAGGCAAUGCUGAACUGAGGCAAGCAGUGGCGGAUGUCAUCGGAAAUCACUACUUCUACUGUCCGAGCAGAUUUUUUGCCGAGUUGCAUACAGCGAAAGGCGGCAACGUGUACCCUUUUGUGUUCGGUCAUCGGUCUCAGAAAUCUGAGAUGCCAGAGUGGGUUCGAAAUACGCACAUGGAGGAUGUACCGUACGUGCUCGGAAUACCAUUUGUGGAGGAAGACAACUACACAGAAGAGGACAGGCAGUUCAGCGCUUUCAUAAUGAAGGCCGUUGUUUCAUUCGCACGUGAAGGCAAGCCUAUACCACCUGACGGCAUACAGCAAUGGCCAGUAUUUUCAGCUGAGCAUCCAGAUUUUCUAUGGAUCGAUCAAGGAAACUCCACUGUGCUGGCCAACUUCGUUAAUACCACAUGUCGUCUGUGGAGAAACUUUUUAUAACUGCAGAACAAGGCCGCAGCAAGCCUUCGUUUCGUCGACAUAACUCAUCUUCUUACGUUUAGCUAUCCCUACUUUUGAAAAAAGAGAAAUAGAAAGUGUGCCGUUUACACUGAAGAAUUUCCUCCGAAACUCUGAGUGAUUGCUAAAAUAAAUGCGUCAUGCUU